CAUCAUAUGAAUGCUUCUAAAACUCGCAUUCCCAUUCCCAUUUCAUCCACUGUGUGUUUGUGUGUGAUUUCGCGAUUAACCGAUGGGAAGACGACCUCCAUGUUGUGACAAAUCACACGUCAAAAAAGGCCCGUGGACGGCUGAAGAAGACGCAAAGAUUCUUGCGUAUGUUGCCAAUCAUGGCAUUGGUAACUGGACGUUGGUUCCACAAAAAGCAGGUCUUAACAGAUGCGGGAAAAGUUGUAGGUUGAGAUGGACGAAUUAUCUAAGACCGGAUCUUAAACAUGAUAGCUUCACCCCUCAUGAAGAAGAACUCAUUUUGAGGUACCAUCAAGCUAUAGGUAGCAGGUGGUCUUUGAUAGCAAAGCAACUACCAGGAAGAACAGACAAUGAUGUUAAGAAUCACUGGAACACAAAACUCAAAAAGAAGCUUUCUAAAAUGGGGAUUGAUCCCAUCACUCAUAAACCGUUCGGUCAGCUUCUUUCCGAUUAUGGCAACAUCAACGAUAUCAUCCCACAAAACACACGACCUUCAGAUCAGCGACACCACGAACCCAUGGAUUUCUCACAGGCCGACAGUUCAUUAACAAUGAUGGACCCGUUGCAAGAACAACAACAGGCUAGAAUGAACUUGAUAACCGCUCAUUUUCAAGUCAUUAAUGAAGCAGCCUCAUCUUCUACGUCAUCACCCGAAUCUAAAGUUCAAGUGAAUUUACCAUCUUCUCCGUUCGUUUGGAGUGACUAUCUUGUUGGAGACCAAGAACAAGAGUGUACCAACGAGCUCGAUUCUGGGAUUUUACCAACUGGCGAAUACACGAGCGCUUGCAAUGGGUUGGGGCUAGAUCACAAGAAGAAAAACUUGGAUGAUGCUACUAGUACUACUUCUGCUUCUUUUGUGGAGUCGAUUUUAAACCAAGACCGUGAAAUGCAGUUCGACUACCCUCAGCUUUUGGAUGGAUAUUCUGAGUACUGAAUGAACCUUAUAUUUAUGAAAACAUUGGGUGCAAUGGUGAUUGUUCUAAUGGUUCUUUAUUUAUUAGUUUUUCGUUCUUUAUGUAAGCGCUAACUUAUGGCAUCUAUUGCUAUUGUUUAUUUCAUAUUUCUAAAUGGUAAAACUGUAAGUCGAAUGUUCAAGGAGUCGAAUUACAUUAAGGGGUGUUUGAAUGCG